GGUCCGUUACAAUAGCCAAGCCAGUGUUGUAUAUUGUGCUAUUUAUAAAUGUCUUCAUCGUCGUUAAUCAUCAGAAAAAGAACACAUCAAAAUCUGUGAUAAUUGUAGAUUUUUUUUUUAUACGUGAAUACUAGUAUAAUUUAGUUUAAGUGUUUAUUAGAAACGUUUUACUUAUCCGAAAAACAAAAUUACUUUAUUAGGAGGGGACUUUGUAGGGGCAAACGUCUAGCCGGUUUGGUGAGAGGGACGUUCGAGUGAUAGCGCGAGUUUGAAUUCGUCGGGCAGCACGUUUGCCAAAGACAAGUACCGAGUGCGCCGCAUACCAAGUACAUUAAGUAUUUUGUAUGUAAACAUUUUGAUCAAAAAAAUAUAUAGAUUGUUUUUAUUAUUUACGGUAAAUUUAAUUUAGUGAUUUUAGAUGAAAUUAUUCAAUAUUUGAUGUCCUUAACAAUCCAAAUUAAGGUGUUAUGAAAAGAAUAAGCAUCAUCAAGCAAUUUGCAACAGAAAAAAACAUCAUUUUGAUUACCAUCCACUUCACUUAAGUCAUAAUUGUGCACAUUGCUAAUGACAUGCCAUCGGAUACUAUGACUAUGAUAUUAUGACGAUAGUUCUACUUCUACAAUCUAGAAACACAUUUGUAACAUAAAAUACCUAACCAAAAUGUUUAUUAAACUUAACGUGCCUCCUGUAGUCAAACAGAUGUUUGCUGCGUCAGGGCCUUUGAUCGUGACACUGGGCUCAGGCAUGACCGUCGGUUUCUCUGCCGUGUUGUUACCGCAACUCAAGGACGACCAUUCGGCUAUCAGAAUCGAUAGCAGUCAAGAAUCUUGGAUAGCUAGCAUGGCAGCUCUACCUAUGGCAGCAGGUAGCGUAUUGGGAGGCAUUUCGAUGGACAAAAUGGGAAGAAAGACCACCAACCUGUUGAUUUGUGUACCAUUUGUUAUUGGCUGGGCCGCAGUGUCGCUAGCCAAAAGCUUGCCUGCUGUAUUUGUAGGCCGUCUAUUGACUGGCCUGUGCACAGGAAUGAUGGGCCCUCCAUCGGCCGUUUAUAUAGCCGAAGUUACCGAGCCGCAAUACAGGGGCGCAGCUCUUGCUAUGAUAUCUUUCUCGAUAUCGGCCGGCAUUCUUGCAGUGCACACAAUGGGCACAUUUCUUGACUGGCGAUUAGUGUCGGCUUUGUGUUCAUUGGUCCCGUUCGCCGGCUAUUUGAUAAUAUGGUUCACGCCCGAAUCGCCUAUAUGGUUACGCGAAAAGGGUCUCGUGGAAUCGGCGGAACGGGCUCACAGCCGUUUGUCUGGCAAGCCGAUCACUUCAGUCGACUGCUAUAAAAAAACAUCGCCGACAGUGACCGCUGAACAAAAACCAAACUUUUGGAAAUGCAUCGGCCGAACGUCAUUCCUCGAGCCACUCGUAGUGCUGGUCACUUUUUUCUUUGUUCAACAAUUCUCCGGAGUAAACGCAGUCGCUUUCUAUUCCGUGACUUUGCUCAGACGCAUUAGCCCCGAGCUGAACGAAUACUAUUCUACGAUAGCUUUGGACGUCAUCCGACUUGCCGUGUCUAUCCUUGCCUGCUGUCUUACGAGAAAAUUCGGCAGGCGUCCAUUGGCAGUCAUCUCAGCCGCAGGUACAUCAAUUUCACUAUUGUGUUUGGCAGUAUCCGUCCAAAACAACGCGCCUUCUAUUAUCAAAGCAGCAACAGCAUCUCCUAUUACGUCUCCGAACUUCAACAUUAUACCGUUGCUGUCUAUUGUUGCGUACAUGUUGUUUGUCAAUAUAGGUCUCGUUCCAUUACCAUGGAUAAUGGCAGGAGAAAUGUUUCCAUCGUAUUGUCGUGAACUUGGAAGUGGUCUAUCGACAAGCUUUGGAUUUAUUAUGUUUUACUUAGUCAUUCAGUUUAGUCCUCUUAUGCUGGCAAACAUUGGUACUUCUAUGACUUUUACAAUAUUUGGCGCAGUUGCCGGUACAGGUGCAAUAUUUCUUUACUUGUGUUUACCAGAAACUAAAAAUAAAACUAUCAAUGACGUCAGCUGAACCCAACGUUAUUGUUCUUAAUAAAACGUUUAUGAAUUUCAAUUCGUUUCAACCAAUAGAUGUCGCUGACUUUUUACAAGGGAAAAUUAAAUUACAAUAAUCUUAGACGAAUUUAUGGAUAUCAAUUCGAUUAUGGACUCAAUAAAUUAAAAUCUUACGAAAUAUUGAAAAUUUAUUGAUAGUAUAUCACAAAGAUAAGUCUCAUCAAUGACAAAAAACCACCUAAUUAUUUAUUUAUAUUAAAAUAACAUUGAAUUUAGAUAUUUUAUCAUUGUUUUAUCAUAUAAUUGUAAUUUAGUGUUUGAAAUUGUUGUUAUACUCUAAGACAGAGUCUAAGUAAUCAUGAGCAAUAAAAUAUUUUAUAACUAUGAAAAUUUUAUAUGUGUAUUUAAUUAAAUGUUUUAUUUGCUAAGUUUUAUUAUUGUACAAUUUUUGCAUAUUAAAAAAUAAAUCGUAUAGCGUGACACUUGUAGCAUAACUACAGUAAUUCGCUACAUUUUUAGAAGCGUUAAAAUUGUAUUGUUAACGAAAAAUAAUUAAUGAAAAUAGAAUGCCACUCUAUUGAAUAGCUGAUUA